AUGCCCUUCUGUCAAAUCCGUUGAAAAGUAGGCCAAGCAUUUUUGGUGCUCUAUUCUCAGAUAGCCUCACAAAUGUCGUCAUGCAGCUGGAGAAAGACUCGCUCCUAUAUUGUGCCUAUGCCAUAGCCGUUUUCGAUCUGCUCUGCGGUGUUCUCUUUGCUGCGCUCAGUCUCUGCAAGUUCUUCACCCAUUUGAGCUGGCUAACCAUAUUUGCGGUCUGCUUUGGUCUGUUUUGGCUGACAUUGAUUGGUCUGCUUUUCACAGGCAUCUAUAGGCGUAAAUCGGAUCUGGUCCGGUAUUGGCUUAUCUUCUCAUGCGGGGGCAUUUUUGUGGAGACCUGUCUGAUCAUUUAUGCUUUUCUGAGCGAGAGCACAUUUCAGAUAGGCCUUGCAAGCAAUAGUCUGGUUCUAUGCCUUGGUUUAUUUGUUGAAACCAUUUUUGCGUUCAUUAUCUAUCAGUUCUAUCAGGUGGUAGCGAAAUGUAAUCCCUGUGCUCAGCAAACGCCUCCUUGUGAAUGUCCGCACCCACAGCCACCACCAUCACCAAAGCCAAAGCCGAAGCCAAAACCAGAGCCACAACCUUGUCCCGCAUCGACCCACAAAAGUUCCCAUUCCUACAGAUGCCACAUAUUGCAAACUAGGGACUACAAUAGUCCCUACACCUGCGGACCAAAGCGGGCCGUUUAUAAGCCUUUCAAGCUAGACGAACGGCGCAGCCAGCGAUAGAAAGCAUGCGAAUGUCCAUUAAAUUGUUUUGAGUUGAGUUAUAUUUUUUUAUACAAGUGCAUUGUAAAUAGAGGGAGUAUAAAAUAGAGUACGAUUCUAUAAAUUGCA